CAAGCUUUAAUUUCUCUAGCAGAAAAAAAAAAUGGUUCUCAAAAAUGAACAUAGCUAUGAAAGAAGAAGUGAAUUAAUAGCUUUUGAUAACACACAAGCUGGUGUUAAAGGACUAGUUGAUGCAGGAGUUAAAACAGUACCAAAAAUUUUCUACACACCACAAGAUGCAUAUUCAAAUGAUCCUGAAAAAAACCAAUUCAGUAUUCCUGUUAUAGACUUAGAUGGCAUAAGUAAAGAUCCAAUUCAACAUAAGGAAAUCAUCGAAAAAAUACGGGAUGCAUCGGAAGUGUGGGGGUUUUUUCAAGUGGUAAACCAUGGAAUUCCUCGAAGUGUUUUGGAAGAAAUGUUGAAUGGUGUUAGGAGAUUCUAUGAGCAAGAUACUGAGGUGAAGAAACAAUGGUACACGCGGGAUACCUCGAAAAAAGUUGUGUAUAAUAGCAAUUUUGAUCUGUUUAAGUCUGCAUCAGCUAACUGGAGGGAUACUACUUAUUGUAAUAUGGCUCCACUCCCUCCUUCUGCUGAUGAAUUGCCAGACGCUUGCAGGGAUAUUCUGAUUGAGUACGUGGAGCAAGUGAAGAAGUUAGGGCGUUCUUUGUUUGAAUUACUCUCUGAAGCGCUUGGUCUCAACCCGAGCUAUCUGAAUGACAUUGGUUGUUCAGAGGGGCUUGCUGUUUUGUAUCAUUGUUAUCCAGCAUGCCCUGAGCCAGAGCUAACUCUUGGAGCUGGAAAGCAUUCAGACAGUGACUUCCUCACAGUGCUGCUACAAGAUCAUUUAGGAGGCCUUCAAGUUCUUCAUAAGAAUUACUGGGUUGAUAUUCCUCCGGUCUCUGGUGCAUUAGUAGUAAAUGUUGGUGAACUUUUACAGCUCAUAUCAAAUGACAAGUUGAAGAGCAUUGCACACAGAGUACUGGCAAGCCGUGUUGGUCCAAGAGUAUCGAUGGCCAGUUUCUUUACCACGGGUCAUUCGUUAUCGUCAAGAGUUUAUGGACCAAUUAAGGAGUUGUUAUCAGAAGAUAAUCCCGCGAGGUAUAGGGAAACUAGUGUGAAGGACUAUGCAGAUCAUUAUAAUGCAACAGGGAUAGGAGGGAAAUCUGCUUUGUCAGAUUUUAGGAUAUGAAACAUUUGUUAGUCUGUAACUGUUAGAUCCUACAAUCAGUUAUAUAUGUAACUAUUGUACUGAAUUAAGACAUACAAGUGUGUACUGUUAUUUUGAUUUGG